GAAAUUCUUCUGCUGUAUGAGGAGUCAUGGCUGGCAAAAAAGACAAGAAGAGAAAGAAGGAUAAAUUGAACAGAACAUGGCCCAAUAUAGGAGCAGCACUGUUUCCUCGUCCUAUGGUGGCAGUUGUACCCAAAUCACAGACAGUUGUUCCCGAGAGUCCAAAAGUUUUAAAAAAGACACGAUCACCAUUUGUAACUGGAAUCUUAACAGCUAGCCUUGGAGGCAGAGUUAUUGCUAGUCCUCAUAACUCAGGUGACUUUGGGACAAUGACUGGAUCAUUAGAUGGAACUGGAACACAGAAAAUGGCAAGAGUGUCCAGUUCUCCUGGUAGUUUAGCUGGUAGUAGUAUGUACAACUAUGAUGAUAUGCCAGAAACUCCUGGGUAUUCCACUAUUGAUACAUUGCGUCAUGAUAUGGCUCAAGAUGAAAUCGAUAACCGUCCCAAAGCUCAGACUCCACCAGAGAGUGAAACAGAAUCAGAGUUGGAAGAUGAUGAAGAAGAGGAAUCUCCAAGGUCACCACAUCCACAGUACAAUGUAAUUGACAGAGAAGCGGAAUAUAGACAAGAGAGAGUACAAGAAAUCAUUUACUCACAGCCAAACAAACUUAGAAAACAGGGGAAAGAACGUCCAUCUUCCGUGACUAGUGAUUUAACCGUUGUUAGUAGUCCACUUGAUGAUUUCUCAGACUUAGGUGCACCCCCUCCACCAUGGGAAAGAAAAAGAAGCAAUAAUGGGUUUGAUGAUAGUGGAUCACCACGUCGAAGUAAAAGCACCUCUCAUCCAAUUAUUGAGGAACCAAUUGUAAAAGUUGAUGUCAGUAAAUCAGAAGGUGGUAGAAUGAAUGGAUAUGGUGGGAGUCAUAUUAGCAGUCAAGAACCAGGAGAUACUGGAACCGACACUGGUGCCCAUCAUAAACAGAAAGAAGAGGAGUUGUCCUGUCACUGGCCGGAAGAUGUACAAAUGAUGCUCGGACAUGGUGUUUAUGCAGAAUGGUACACCUGCUCAUACCGCCUGUGUGAGCCAGGAGUGAUGUUCCAGGAAACUUUCUGGCUUUCUCCGUAA